AUGGAUAGGAUUCAUGAUGACCUAGAUGAAGUUAAACUCGAGGCAGAGCAGCUCAGAUACGAAUGCCGGGCCAAAACCGAGCUUUAUCAUAGUCUGAGAAAAGCCCAAGCCGAGCAACUAGCCAAAAUGCGGCAAGAUAAGCUGGAGAUCGACAAGUUGGCUCGCGAGUUAAGUGCCAAAUCCGAGGAGAUAUGCGAGAUCAGGCAAAUGUGCGAGGAACUCCAGUCCAAUUUGCAGAGAAAGGACUUGGUUUUACAGAAGAUUAAUUCUGGAAAUGAAAAGCUUCGUGCAGAAUAUGGUGAAAAAAUAUCAAAGUUGGAAUGUGAAAAUCGGGAUUUGAUUUCAUCAUUUGACGAGGCAUCAUCAAGAAUCCAGGACCUGGAGGAAAAAACUCGCAUUAGUUCAGAUGAAAUUUCUGGGCUCAAGAGGCUUUUAUCAAUAACUAAAAUGGAAAGCUCUGAAGAAGUGCGCAAACAUGCGUCUAGAGAAUUAAAACAGAGAGAUGAAUAUAUAGUCGAAUUGGAGAAGGAAAAUGCAGUUCUGAAGGAUGAGCUGAAAUGGAAAAAUGAGCAAUUUUCACAUCUCGAGCAAGCACACUGUCAGCUUCGGGCCGAGUUCGAGUCGAGCAAAACAGAGUGGUUUAAGGAAAAAUCGUUGCUCGUUGAUGAAAUUUCAAAGCUGCAAGCGGAUUUUGAUGCUCAGGUUCGGGUUUCCGAAAACCUGGAAACUCAGCUGUGGUCGAGCAAUCAAGCAUUGGCCCAUGAAGAAAGUAAGAGAAAAGCUGUUGAAAUCGAGCUGUCUGAAUCUAGAGCAAAAUUUGAGAACGUGUACUCAGAUUGCAAGUCAGUGAAAUCUGAGAUUGAGGAAUUGGCAGUAAAGAGGGAUGAAGAAAUAACCGAGCUGAGGAUGUCACUAAGACAAAAAGAAAUGCUGUGUAAUGAAAUGAAUUAUAAAGCAGCACAGCUAGAAAGAGAAAACAAUGAUUUGCUUGCGUCUUUGAAAGAUCUUCAAGAGGCUCAGAUUAAAAGCAAUGUUUCAUCUUCGUCAUUGAAAAAGUUGAGAAAUAAACUUGAUGAUCUGGAGAAUUUGCACAGUAAAUGCAGUGUAAGUCUCAAACAGAAGGAGGAUAAAUGGAACUCUCGUGUAGAAAAAUUGACUGUGGAUAUGGAAAAUUGCUUAUCUGAGUUGGACAGCAAAGAUGAAAUCAUAAGAGAGCUGAAAAAGGAGCUGGAAGAUUGCCGGUGGCUAUUGGAGGUGAAGAAUGAGGAAAAUUAUGUUUUUAUCAUGACUUUGAGAUCCGAAUUUCAGUUUGCUUGCUCUAAAGUGUUUGAAGAGAAAAACAUGUUUCUGAACGAAGAAUUGAGAUCUGCUUUUGAAGGAAGCCAACAAGCACUCGAGAAAGAGAAUGCUAGUCUUUUCGUCCUCAUGAAUGAAAAGGAUGUCGAGAUUGGCAAAUUGAGGGAUCAAAUGCGUCAGUCACAGUCAGUGAUGCUAGCAAAAUCUGAGGAUGUGAAAAGGAUCAAUCAGGAGAAGGAUGAUUAUGUCCAACUUGCUGAAGAUAGGAAUAGAAGCAUCAGUUUUCUCGAGAAUGAGGUAGAUCGACUUAAGAAUGAGUUGGACAAAAAAGUAGCUGCGGAGUUUGCUCUAUUGGAGUCACAAAAUUCACUUGAGCAGGAAAUCAUGAAGCUAUCAUCGAGUAUUAAGGAGAGAAACCAGAAAAUAGAAGAACUUCAGAGAGAGUCUGUUCUGCUUGAUGAAGCCUUGAAGACAGCUGAAAACGGGAAAAUCGUUGAGAUUGAAGUGAAAAAUCAGAUAAUUACAGAGUUAGAGAAUACAGUGAUAAGUUUGCGUGAUGAAGUGGAAGUUCGGAAAAAAUCAAUUAUUCAGUCAAAGGAAGUGAUUUUAGAGCUUGAGUCUUCAUUGCAAACUAAGAAGUCCCAGGUGCUUGAGCUGAAAGGUCAACUUAGGGAGUUUGAGUUGCAUGAACGAGCUCUGCUCGAAAAUCUUAGAAAAGCAUCAAUCGAUAAGGAGAAUCUGCUCGAACAGUUUGUGAGCAUCUGUGGGAGAAUCGAGAUUUUCUGCAGAGAAGAUGUUGAAAUGGUGAAUAUGCUGGGUAGAAUUUCAAGGUCUUUGGAGGAAAACAGUGAAAUGGCACUUGAUGAAGCAACCUUUUUGCCCUCGGGAAAAUCGGUUCAAGUGAUUCUUGAUGAAAGGUCUCCAUUGUCAGAGCUGAAUUGUUAG